GAGAAUGGAUCCUUGUAUUAUUAUUUUUUUUCGAUGAUGUUUCCUUGAAUUGCUCAAUUCCUAUUUUCCCUGAAACCUCUCUUUUGCCUCUUUCCUCCUACCGUACCCUUGGUAAUAGUCCUUCCAUCGUCUUUAUCGCUGUCGAGCUGUUUCUCCGGGGCCCUCUGACCCGCUUAGAGCUGACACAACCUCAAUCCAGCGGUCUUGCCCGGCCGUAUAAGUGCGGCUCAUUUCGAACUGUGAACUCAUCCUUCGGUUUGCUCGCGAGGACAUCUGGCAACGUCUCUCUCUUUUUUCUUUCCUUUUUCUCCCCCUCUUUUCGUUGAUAACCCUUUUCCUUUCCGUGCUGCUGCCACUCUGCAUUUCCCUCUCAUUCAUUGCUUCCAACAGUUAUGUUGUCUGGGCUCCGCAACUCAUCUAGGCGGUCCGUUCGCCUACCGACUUUUAGGAACUUGCGUGUGAUUCGCCCCGCUGCCCCAAUUCCCUCAAGUUCUUCGACCUGCCCACUCCGCAUAACUGCUUCGUCAUACGCUACCACCAGCCUCUCCCCAUCGCCGUUAUCCACUCGGUCCACCGUUAUCCAACUGCUAAAUAACAUUGGGUCCAAGAGGGAGGUGGAGCAGUACCUGUCACACUUCACAUCUGUUCAGUCCCAGCAAUUUGCCGUCAUUAAGGUGGGCGGGGCGAUCAUUACGGAGCACUUGGAUUCGUUGUCAAAUUCGUUGUCCUUCCUUAACCAUGUCGGAUUGUUUCCCGUCGUCGUUCACGGCGCUGGCCCACAGCUUAACAAGAUGCUAGAGGCAGCAGGUGUGGAACCCCAAUUCGAGGAUGGGAUCAGGGUCACGGAUGGAAAGACCCUUGCCCUGGCAAGACAAUUGUUCCUGGACGAGAACUUGAAGCUUGUCGAAGCCUUGGAGAAGCUCGGGGUUCGGGCCAGGCCCAUCACCGGCGGUGUUUUCCAAGCCGACUACCUAGACCGCAAGAAGUACGACCUCGUGGGAAAGAUCACAAGCGUCGAUAAACGUCCCAUUGAGGCCGCUAUCAAGGCGGGGUGUCUUCCGAUUUUGACGUCAACGGCGGAAACUGCUGAGGGGCAGCUGUUGAACGUCAAUGCGGAUAUUGCUGCUGGUGAACUCGCACGGGCCCUCCAGCCCUUGAAGAUCGUGUACUUGUCCGAGAAGGGUGGUCUAUUCAAUGGCGAAACUAAUGAAAAGAUUUCCACCAUCAAUUUGGACGAGGAGUACGCUGGCUUGAUGGAGCAGUGGUGGUGCCGGUUUGGGACGAGGUUGAAGAUCAAGGAGAUCAAGGAGUUGUUGGAUGGACUGCCCAGGACUUCCAGCGUUGCUAUUAUUGCUACCGAAGAUCUCCAGAAGGAGCUCUUCACAGAUACCGGCGCCGGGACUCUCAUAAGGAGAGGUAACAAACUUACCGCCAUGUCUAGUAUUGAAGGAUUCGAAGAUAGAACACGGCUGGAAGAGGUUUUGGGCAGAGAGAAGAACGACGUUUCGGAAUAUUUGAGCUUUUUACAGACAACUAAAUUCAAGGCGUACGCUGAUGAGCCCCUCGAGGUUCUGGCAAUUGUCCUUCCGAGUGAGAGUACCAACGAGCCUGCGAGGCUGGAUUUCUUCUCGUCGACUAAAGCUGGGUGGUUGGGCAACGUGGCUGAUAAUGUCUUCAACUUAAUCAAGAAGGAGUACCCCAGGUUGGUUUGGUCUGUUAGGCAGGGUGACGGACAGUUGGGCUGGCAUUUCGACAAGUCUCAGGGAAGCUUCAACCAUGGGGGCCAAGUUCACUUCUGGUACGGAUAUGAGGGACCCGAAGAAGUUAAGUCAUUGAUUGGGGGCUUCUUGGCUGAUGCCGGUAGCCGCGAGUCUGGAAAGUCUGAAGGAGCUGUCACUGGUGUCAAGCAACAGGUUAGGGGAUUUGCCUCUACAAACCCGAACCCACCCUUAGGCUCAAGUAACGCGACCAACAACAAGCCUUCCAAGGUAGCGCUUAUUGGCGCUAGAGGUUACACCGGACAAGCUUUGAUAACUCUCAUCAAUUCUCACCCACAUUUCGAUCUUACCCAUGUUUCAUCUCGAGAGCUGGCUGGAAAGAAGCUUGAGGGAUAUACCAAGGAUGGGAAGGAAAUCGUCUACCAGAACUUGGGUGUUGAGGAUAUCAGGAGGAUGGAGGAGAACGGUGAGGUUGACUGCUGGGUUAUGGCUCUCCCCAAUGGCGUUUGCAAACCAUUUGUAGAUGCUGUUGAGGAUGUUGGAAAGGGCAAGAGCGUGAUUGUCGACUUGAGUGCCGACUUUAGGUUUGACAGCAAAUGGACUUAUGGAUUGCCUGGCAUCUUGUGCCCAGAGAGACCUUGA